AGUUAACAGGCUGUUUGCCUAAAAUAAUAACAAAAGAAAAAGCCAAAUUUUUUUUUGCUGGUCUCAAAGAAAUGAAAAGCAUAUCUUUUUGCAUAGAAAAUAAUCGACUAGUACUGGCUUCAAAAAGCACAAUUUUGUUGAGUACAGCGACUGAAAAACUGAGAGAUAUAUUGAACUAUAAAGAGUCCGCAAUGUCAAAAUAUCAAAUACCAAGAGAGGAAUUAGAGUCUUUGAAGAAAGAUUUAGAGAAUCAACUAUUAGUUGAGAUAUCAUGGAAUAUGAAUCAAGAUGAGAUAAUUAUUGAGGGCUUCAAAGAUGAUGUCAAGCUUUCUAAAAUAGAAGCAGAAAAAUUGUUAGAACGAUUUAAUGAAGUUUGUAAAGAAUUUGUAAUUAAAGGUAAUGUUGCCAAGUACCUGCGUAAAAAUCCAUUGCUUGAUAUUUCAACUUUCCAAAAUGUAACAAUCAAGACCAAUGAUAAUGGCACAGAAAUUACUUAUGUGUUCACUGGUCAAAAGAGUGCAGUCAAUGAAGUGGAGGAUUUCCUUAAGUCAUUAGUUGAAAAAAUUACGACUAUACAAAUUGAUUUUCAAAAGGAAGGUUUUACUGAUGCUGAUAUUAAGCUUAUAACUAUGAGUUGCAAUACUCCUGAAAUGCAAAAUAAAAUAUGUUUCUUUGAAAGGGAGAAAAAGUGUCUUCUCAAAAUCAAAUUGCCAAAUGAAACUGCCUUUAAAGUUAAAGGGUACAUCCCUAGAACAAAACCUAUUAGUGAUAUAUUUAGUGUGACCACAUCAAGUUGCAUCAAGAUUAAAGAAGGAGACAUCAUUGAUGAACAAAUGGAUGUUCUAGUGUGUGUGUUGGAUGAAUCUAUCAACUUAAGAAAGACACAAAUUGGAAAGGCUUUUAUCAGAUGUGUCCCUGAGCUGAAUGACAGACUUAAAAUAAUCCAAAGCGAUAACCCUGAUUCAGAUGUACUUACUGUCCUUGGACCUUUUUCAAAUCCAUGUACAUCUUGUCUUGCAAUUUGUGGCAUAGUUUUAAGCAAAUGGGAUGAAGAUAAAUCACCUGCUUUGUUGGAAAACAAAAUCAUCAAAAUUUUAGAUGAAGCCAUCAAGCUGGGAGCCAAGUCACUGGCAUUUCCUGCCUUAGGUCAUGGUAGAAUGUUCAAAUUUCCAUCUGAUAAAGUCUCUCAAAUAAUGGUAGACUCUUUUGUGUCACAACUAACAUCAAAUCCAGAGCUAGAAGAAAUCUGUAUUGUGUCUAAUAAUGAAGAAAUGCACAUCAAUUUCAAAUUGGAGGCAGAGAAAAAGUUGCAAAAACUCUCUCAUAAUAUUGCUACUGUUGAAGACAACUCUUACACAGAGGAUGACAUGGAUCAAGACAUGGGUGAAAACAUUGUCAUUGAUUUAGAAGAAGCUGUUAAUACAGAAAUCUCUGUCACAAUUGCUAAAACAGACAAACCAAAUGCUACUUUAAAAAGUUUAAUUAAACUGAUCAGAACACAUUGUUUACACUUUGAUUACAUUGAAGAUGAGUUGCUCCCUGUAAUAUCACAAGAUGUUAAAAAGAAAGUCCAGAGAUAUGUCAUACAUUUAAGAAUGCCUUCAGAUAAGAAGAUAAUAGAAAUGACAGGUUUUUUACUUCACAUUGUUGAGCUAAAAGCUUUUAUCACAUGUGAACUGGAUAAAAUGCGCAGUACUUUACAAAAUCAUACAAUUACAUGUGGGGAAAAACCUCAACGAGGUACAUUGGAAUUUGUACAGUAUGCAUCAACCAUAACUGAAAUGUGUCCAUCUUACUGGAAAGUUUUCAAAGAUCCAUCAUUUCUGCAACGAUUAGUAAACAAGGUUUAUCCAUCUAAACACAAAAAGGUACAAGAGAUUAUUGUCUGUGUAAACAACGAGACAAAAAAAGCUGUAACUGACCUUUUUAUAAAGACAUGGGAUCCAACAAAGACAGGAAUAGGUGUGGAUGCAAUCAACUUGAUACCUAAUACAACUGUAGAAGUAUUAAAUGUGGAAAGAGUUGAGAAUUUUCUUCUUUUUGAACCGUAUGCUAGUAUAAGAAAAAGUUUAUUUGACAAAUAUGCCAGAAUGGGGAAGCUUUGUGAUGAUUUCAGUUCUACGUUACCCAGGGGUCAGAUAAAAACCACAGAACUAGCUGAAGACUUUCUCAAGGAGCAGCUGUAUCAAGACGUUAAUGAGCAUUACCUAUUUCAUGGAACAAAAAAAGACCUUAUUGAAAAGCUAACACAGUGUGGCCCUGACCCUAAACUUUGCACCCAUGGAAUGCUAGGAAGAGGGGUGUACUUAGCAGAAAUGUCAACAAAGUCAGACCAGUAUGCAGGUACACUCAUGUUUUAUAAAAUUUAUUUUAAAAUAUUUUUUGUGUUGUCCUUAUCUGGGAAAUAAUGAAAUUUAUUAAGCCAGAAUGGAUUUAUUUAUUUUUUGUGGAAAAAUAGUAUUUCAACAUUCCUUCAGGCAACCUCUUUUAGAUUGUUUUCAUUUUUAUAAAAGCUCCUUUGAGUAUCAGUGGUCAUAUCAUAUACCAUAUACACCUGAUCCAUUGUAUUAUUUCAUAUUAUUUUUGUGCAAUGGUAAUGUUGUCUAUAUUUUGACCAAGAUAUAAUAAGUUUAUAUGUGUGAAUAUCAAGAUGGAGAUGACUCACAACUCAAGCAAGGCAGGUUUUUUGGGUAGGAAGUAAACCCUGAGUAAAAAACCUUAGAUAAAGAAAUUGUAAGGUACCAGCUGUUAAACUGGAACUAAAAAUCAUCUAUCUGUAGAUCUUUAAUUAUCAGUUGAGUCACUGGUACUAAAUUAUUUCUGGAGACAUGAAGAUAUAUAAAUUGCAAUUUGAUUUUAUAUUUAUUUAUUUAUUAAUCUAUAAUAACCAUAAUUUUUUUAUCAACAAGAUUCAAAAGUAGGCCGCACUAAGCCUGGUGAAGAGCUUAAAAUGCUGAUGAUGAGAGUUUUACUUGGUAACACUUACAUUGUUAACAGAGAUCAUCCAAAAGUACAGAGAGGUAAAUUGUAAUAAAGCUAUUAUAAGAAAAUAAUUAUGUUUCUGUAUCUGCUAUUAGUGAUCAUCUUCAUCAAGCAUUUUAUAAGCAUUUUUAAUAAUAUAUUCUAAAUGUCUUUUUUUUAUCUAUAUAAAUCUUCACAUUUUUAUUGCUUUAAAUUUUAAUUGAUUAACAUGUUUAGGCAUUACGGCAUUCAUUUUCUUUUUGCAUUAUCAGGUGCAUCUCAAUUUUUGCGACCGCCAUGUCAUCAAUGUAAAAGUGAACAAUGUCCCAAUGCUGAUCAUGUAGACUAUGAUUCAGUUACAUUGGACAGCUCUCCGAAUGAUUCACGAACUCUCUUCAGAGAAUUUGUGGUAUAUGAUAAAAGUAGCUGCUACCCAGAAUACAUCAUAACGUACAGACGAGUGAUCAAUAAAAACAGGGAUUAAAAUUCUACUUUAAGAAUAGAUGUACGUACCAGCACAAUGAAUUUUAACUUCUUAAAAUCGUAUAAAUUUUUUUUUUACCAUUCUUUAAUGUUACAAAAUUUAUAUUGUAAAAAGAAAAAUUAAUGUAAACAAUUUAUUGGAGAAUCAUUUAAUAAUGUAAAACAUUUGAAAAAAAAGCACACUGAGAUUCCCAUUAACAAAGAAUUCUCAACUUGAUUUUCUAUAUAAAUUACAUUGCUGAUAUCUUAAUUUAAAUUGUUAAGUUAUAAACAUAUGAUUCAUUAUCAACUCAUGAAAUAUAUAAUGUAUCUAUAUAUAAGACAGUAGCACAUUUAAAUAAGAAUGAUUUAUUAAUGCAUAUUUUUGUUUUUCUAUGUGGGUUAAGUAAACAGUAGCUGUCUAACAUUUAUGAUUAUUUACUUGUCAAAUCCUAG